CCUCGGCGGCGGCGGCGGCGGCAGAGGCGGCAGCGCUCGCCAUUGCCGCUGGUGGCAGGAGGCUGCGAGGAGCCGGCGCGGUCGCAGUCUCCACGGCGCAGGCCCACGGUAGCGCAGCCGCUCUGAGUAAAUCUUCAUGGAGGAACACGGAGUGACCCAAACUGAACACAUGGCUACCAUAGAAGCCCAUGCAGUUGCCCAACAAGUACAGCAGGUCCAUGUGGCCACCUACACUGAGCACAGUAUGCUGAGUGCUGAUGAAGACUCUCCUUCUUCUCCCGAGGACACUUCUUACGAUGAUUCAGACAUACUCAACUCCACAGCGGCUGAUGAGGUCACCGCUCAUCUGGCUGCUGCAGGUCCCGUGGGAAUGGCUGCUGCUGCUGCUGUGGCAACAGGAAAGAAACGGAAACGGCCUCAUGUGUUUGAGUCUAAUCCAUCUAUCCGGAAGAGACAGCAAACACGUUUGCUUCGGAAACUUCGAGCCACAUUGGAUGAAUAUACUACUCGAGUGGGACAGCAAGCUAUUGUCCUCUGUAUCUCACCCUCCAAACCCAACCCUGUCUUUAAAGUGUUUGGUGCAGCACCUUUGGAGAAUGUGGUGCGUAAGUACAAGAGCAUGAUCCUGGAAGACCUGGAGUCUGCCCUGGCAGAACACGCCCCUGCACCACAGGAGGUUAACUCGGAGCUGCCCCCUCUCACCAUCGACGGAAUUCCAGUCUCUGUGGACAAAAUGACCCAGGCCCAGCUUCGGGCAUUUAUUCCAGAGAUGCUCAAGUACUCCACAGGUCGGGGAAAACCAGGCUGGGGCAAAGAAAGCUGCAAGCCCAUCUGGUGGCCUGAAGAUAUCCCGUGGGCAAACGUCCGGAGCGACGUCCGCACAGAAGAGCAAAAGCAGAGGGUUUCAUGGACCCAGGCACUACGGACCAUAGUUAAAAACUGUUAUAAACAGCAUGGGCGGGAGGACCUUUUGUAUGCUUUUGAAGAUCAGCAAACACAAACACAGGCCACAACCACACACAGUAUAGCCCAUCUUGUACCAUCACAGACCGUAGUCCAGACCUUUAGUAACCCUGACGGCACUGUCUCACUUAUCCAGGUUGGUACAGGGGCAACAGUAGCCACAUUGGCUGAUGCUUCAGAAUUGCCAACCACAGUCACUGUUGCCCAAGUGAAUUAUUCUGCUGUGGCUGAUGGAGAGGUGGAACAAAAUUGGGCCACGUUACAAGGAGGUGAGAUGACCAUCCAGACGACGCAAGCAUCAGAGGCCACCCAGGCCGUGGCGUCACUGGCAGAGGCCGCAGUGGCAGCUUCUCAGGAGAUGCAACAGGGAGCUACAGUCACCAUGGCACUCAACAGCGAAGCCGCCGCCCAUGCUGUCGCCACACUGGCCGAGGCUACCUUGCAAGGAGGGGGACAGAUCGUCUUGUCUGGGGAAACCGCAGCGGCUGUCGGAGCACUUACUGGAGUCCAAGAUGCUAAUGGUCCCCACAUCUUUCUGAGUCUUUGUAUUCGAAAGGCAGAUUCUGGUCUUAGAUGAUUCCAGCAGAAUCUUGGUGCCUGUCAUUGCAGGUAAUAUUCUGUAAAGGGAAAUCUUUUUUUUUUUUUUUUUUUUUUGGCAUACCAAAUCCAGAGCCAUAUUGGACAACUUUAAUUGGAGUCAUUUCUAUUUAAUAUGUGGAUGAAAAAGUAGGUUUUAAUUAAGCGUGUUAAAAGGGGAUUGAUCACUGUUCGCACAAGAGCCAGAAUAUUGUGACAGGAAGAAUUCCUAUAGAAUGAAGUCUUUAAGUUGGACUUUCCUUUUUUACUUAUGCUUCCAUUAGGAUUUUGGAGGAAUGUCAGCGCACUGUUAUUAACUCUGAUAGCUUGUACAUCGCAGCCAGUAUGGUUUGGGGCCCUCUGGCUCUCAGGUUACCUGUAUAAAUACAGGGAUUCACUUCCCAGCUCUACCAUUUGCUUAAUAAAGAGCAAAUGCGCAGAACCCAGCAGCAGCAGCAGCAGCAGCCUGGCAGAGCCGUAAUCUGAACAGGAUAAACAUGCUUCUUUUUGAAUGAUGCUCUCUCCCCAUCCUCCUGCCAAGAGCAGGAUAUCAAAUGAAGGGGAGGUUGUGGUUGGAGUCAGUAAAGUGAAUGUCUAAGUGGCACCUGCUCCAUUCAGCAGAUCUGCUUUCCCGGGGCCUCCCACUGCACAUCUGCUCCUGACAAAGCCUCUUUUCUCCUCCUGUUGGUCCGGCUGAGAGCAAAGGCCUAGCAAGGAGACAUAUUGGUUUUGCUCUGUCAGCACAAUUGCCUGUGACAUUAUAAUUACACCAAAUCUUCAUUAUUAGAAAGGCCCCAAUUUAGAGAUUUUCAGAGCCAAAAAGGGGUUUUCGAAGUGAAAUUGGUAAACACAUCUUUUCCGUUGUAAAGCUAGCAAUUGGAUCUGAAAAUCAUUGAAGGGGUCUAAAUAUGGAAACUGAGACACUGCUCUGAGUGAGACUACAAAAACCCUGCUAUCAGAUUGGCGCAUGAAAGAGGCGUCCAGCAAUUCUGAUUUUAGCCAGCCCAAGCUUUCCGUACUGCCUGUAGUACUGUCAUGUAGAGCUAUAUUAUAUUGUUCACAAAUGCUGAUAAAGUUUCUCACCUAGGGGCGCUGGGGGGUGGGAGGUGUUAAAAGAAGUUGAUGGGGUAGAGCAGCAACGGAGAAAACCCUACAGUCUAAAUAAGAGAAGAGAAAUGCCAGGAAAAUAUAUUUUAGGUGAACGCAGAGCAUCCAGUUUCAGAUUGAGUUUCCAUUUAACAAAGGCAACUCUUAUCAUGUUCUAUGGUGUGUGUACGAUCGAAGCGUGUUUAUAACGUGGAGUUGGCUCACUGGAAGCUCUGGAAAGGUUUUAGAGCUGCACUCUGGCUAUUGAAACUUUAAUUAGAGUCGAAGUAAAGAUGGAUUCCUCAGUCCUACCAGCUACGUUUCACGUGCUCUCUAGCCACCAUGUUGGCCAGUGCACAAACAGAACAUGGCCAUCUUUACAGUGAGUUCUGGUAGACAGCGCUGUUUUAGAGAUGAGUCUGAACCUUUUGAAAUGUCUUGACUGCUUUAGCAAGCCUUGGGAGGUUCCUAUUUCAGCCUCGUUUGGAGGGGGAAAAGAGAAUUUGCCUGGAUGUUUUUGGAACGGCUCCUUCCAGCCACGUUACUUUAUCUUUUCACCUUAAAAAAGUGUUUUCCUGCAAGAAUCUCCCAUCCUUUCUCCACCCUCACACACACCCAAAAUAAUAGUAAUGAAUUAUACCUAUCAGAAAGGACUUUAAUUUUAGGAAGGUCCGCUUUCAGCUGACCUACUCCCUGGUCUCCCCUUCCUAAACCUUUCACGGCGCUGCUGUUUGCCUGGAGAGUUUUCUCAUUAAACAGAGCUUCUGACUAACAAGGGCACACGUGAGUGCUCAAGGGCCAAGAGUGUGUAUGUGAAUUGUUCAUUUUGUCUACAACGUGAAGCGUGGACAACACACUGGGGUGGACCAUUGAGCUAGUGGCACCUUCCGUUUUCAGCAGCUCUGGGGACCAAGAGCAGGGUCUUUAACCUUGCUUCCUUCAUUUGUCUGCCUCUUAGAAGUCCCUGCAUGGUUGCUUUGACUCCUGAGAGGAAACCUAUGUGAAAUAACAAAACUACCUCGAAUCUAGAUUUUCUCCUUUUUCUCGAGAACUUAAAUCAUGUAAAUAUAAUGUUCCUUAUCCUCAUAGCAGCCCUAUGAGACAGAAGUAACCCAUUUGUUUUAUAAAUGUAAGUAUAGUCAACUCUCAGUUGCCACAUACAGAUCAUCUGUCAUGCAGAUUACUCGUGACACAUUUUAAAUCCUUGGACAGUUUCUUUCAACAAGCAAGCAUAAGCCUGGACCAUCUCCUCCACCCCCCACCCAGCUGCUGGGUACUUAAGGAACACAAAUUAGUUUUCAUAUUAGCUUAAGGAAGACAUAAUUAGGAAAGUAAGUCUAAGUAAGUCUGCCGCAAGAAAAGCGCAUCAUAAAUUCCAGGUUAUGGGAGAGACGGCUGACCCUCCCUUCGGCUCAACUAAGAGCCGACUGUAAGAUCUGCUUUUACGAACGCGCACACCGUUAGCACUCCAUGUGCUGGCAUGUUUACCAAAGGAUUUGUAGAGCCCUCCAUGGGAGGUUGUCAGAGAUGGCUUUGUACCCCCGGGCACCGGGGCAUACAGGGGAGACCGUGUCCUGUGGCCGCUCCUCCCUGCCGCAUCCCGGAGGCGCAUCUUGCUCAAGUGCUUUUUAAAAGUUCUGUCUGGCCCACCGCCCAUCGCAAGCAGAGGCUGACCGAGCAUCGCAGGGGGCUCAUGUUUGGGCAAAGACGGCAGCAGCCUCAGUGUAAGGUACCAGAAGCACGGCACCCGGCACGGAUGGUGGACUGCUCCGUUCUCCGGCCACCAAAUGGUCUUAGCCGCUGAUAGUUUUGUGCAGAGAAAGCAACCUGGGGAUUCCUCUAGUGUCAUUCCGUCCGCCUUCUGGCAGAAGCUGGAAUUCUUCUAUAAAGAACUUGUCCCCAUUAGCAAUCUGAUUAUGCUAAAUACAGUCCAGAUAGUAAAGGCAGGAUAAAUAGUUGAACAAAAUGAAGUUUAUUGAGAUAGAUUUCUUCCUUUGACUAUCAAACCCCGUAACUAUUUAUUUCUACUUUCCAGUGUACUGUCUUCAGGUGUCUUACUGCCUAAAGACAACUUAAUUCUGCUCUUUAUAUGCUCUUAGAAUGUUCUAGUGUUUGUUUUCUAAAUGGUACUCUACAGGUUGUGCUUAGUGAGGGAUUGAAAAAUAGUAGAACAUCUUUGGAAGCUUUUUUGCCUCAAUCUUUCUGUGUUCAGUUAGCAGAGGCGAGGGCUGGAUAGUGGGCACAUUUGGAAUGUGGUGGGGGGAGGGUUCCUUGUGCUAGUCUCUCUCCUCUUGUACCUGUUUGAAAUUCUCCAUAAUGAAAACACUGAAAGUAAUAACAGAAAAAUAAAAAAAAUCUCCGUUCCCAACUCUAGGUAACUCCUGAUUGGCUCUUGUAUUCAUUUCCACACCUGACUGUUGGCAAAGCCUUCGUGUGAUAACUUUCCCCUGAGGUUUCCAUCAUCUUGGUACCAUGGGGCACCUGGCUGGCUCAGUCAGUGGAGCAUUUGACUCUUGAUCUCGGGGUUGUAAGUUUGAGCCCCAUGGUGGGUGUAGAUAUUACCUAAAAUCUUUAAAAAUAUAUAUAUAUCAACACUUUCUGUAUUGCUCAGACCCUUCCAUUGGCAUAUAGACUUUGGGGACCUUGAGUGUCCUCCUUCUUCCCAGUGAUUUUUCUGGAAUUACUGAGCAUCUCUUUCCCUUCUCUGGAAGGUCAGAUCAGAUGUCCUCCUAAUAAGCACAUACGUGUCCCACAAACUUCAGCUGGAUACUUUUCUCUCCUGCCAUUUUCAGUUUAAAGCCCUGUUGGUCAGACCAGCAGGCCUUGAAGUCAUCUUGUUCAGCCCCACACUGGGGGCUCAGCCUGCAGGAUAAUACACCACAGUGGUUCUGAAGCACAACACCCUGACUUCAUGAAUAUUCCUGGACACCAGUAGUUUCGAACAGAAGUUGUAGAAUUGUACCUCUCACUAGCAAAGUAAAAAUGAAUUUAUUUUUAACAUUUGGCUUAUGGGAUGAGGGCAAGAGAAAUUUCUCGGUGGUCUAAAAAAUUAGGCAAAGGACAGAGUCUGCUGUGAAGGUUAUCGCAGAAAGUGGUUUUUCCAAGAGAGGGUUCACGUUGUCUAGCAAGAGGGGAGAAAACCUUGUAUGCCGAGAGGUGCCUGUUACCCCAAGGCACUGCGAGGCUGCUGUUGGCUCCACGAGAAUACUCAGCACGCCAAGUGUAAUACAUAUUUUAAUCCAUAAAUCCCUCAAAUGCACCCAAAAGCCACGGACUUAGAAAACACGGAAGAGGAAGAUUAAAUGUCCCAGAAGCAGCUAAUAUAACAGAAGCAGAAUGAUUGGGAGAGAAAUACUUUUUCUGUUUCCUCCUUGUCUCCGUGUCUGGAAGGUUACCUGGAUCUCCUUUUCAUUUGCUAUUGGCAUUCUUUUCAUGACCUUCCUUUUCUUGCCCUGAGACUGUCCUCUUUCUUUCUGGUCCUUGUUUGUCAUUCCCAGCUUCUGUAUCUGCCUGCCUGCUGGACGAGCUUCUCUCCCUGCUUUCCUUCCCGUUCUCCCAUCGCUGCACCAGUACACAUGACACCUGUUUUUCUUCGUAAAAUAGUGGCUUGUCUUAGACUUCGGUCCCUGGUGUAAAUUCUUUCUCAAGCCUGCAAAUAAGACUUUAAAGGACUUCCCUCCUGCCUGUCACCCCUAGAGACACCUGGAGAUAACCCUCGAUGGCUCUUUAAAAACUGCAGAGGGGUGCCUGGGUGGCUCAGUCGGUUAAGCGUCCGACUUCAGCUCAGGUCACGAUCUCACGGUCUGUGAGUUCGAGCCCCGCGUCGGGCUCUAGGCUGACAGCUCAGAGCCCGGAGCCUGCUUCGGAUUCUGUGUCUCCCUCUCUCUCUGCCCCUUCCCCACUCAUGCUCUGUCUCUCUCUGUCUCAAAAAUAAAUAAAAACAUUAAAAAAAAAAAUUAUAAAAAAUAAAAAAAAAAAAACUGCAGAGUAUUACUUAGGUAAUAUAAUUUAUGAUUUUAUUUCUUAUCUGUUCCUAGCUUUUCCAGUCACAGUCUUCUGGAUCCCCAUUCAAGCCAGCAUUUUCCUGGUACCUGUAGCUAGCUUUCACAUCCAUAAACUACAGAAAGCAUUACAUUGUAAAUUUUUCCUUUGGGUUUUAAGAAUCCUUUCUCUUCCAUCACAUGUGUUGAUUUGAUAAAUUUAUUUGUUUAGUUCUCAAUUUCUCCCUGACAACCAUCAAUAUUUGUCUCCCAACUAAAGAUAUUUCCAUGACCAACUUGGAAGGCCUUUGGGCUAAAGGAUUCAGUUACAGCAAACAACAAUUCCCAGAGGUUUCCCAGAUUGUGAGGGCAAAUGAAAGGCCCAUUCUUCCCCAGGCCGUCUGUCCUGC